AUGGUGCUGGGGCACCCGUCCAUGGAGGACCGCCGCCACCGCCAAGCUGUCUUCAGCACCCUCCGAGGCGACGCCAAUGCGCCGCUCUCCCUGCCCUGCCACUCGCUCUCCACCCCCACCGCCAGCAUUGCUGCAGGCCACGCACCUGGGGGCAUGGCAGGAGGGGCGGGUGUGGGUGUGGGUGUGGGUGUGGGUGUGGGUGUGGGUGCGGGGGUGGGGUGGGGAGGGCCGGGGCGGGAGCACUUGUGUGUGUACGUGACGCCAGAGGCGCUGGAGAAGUGCCGGGAGUUGACAGCAGCGCUGCAGCAGUGCUACGAGCGCAGGGCACUGCGACUCAUUGUCGUGGAUGGGUACGAGGUAGUUUCCCAACAUUCCUAUUGUCAUUCCCUCUCCAAACCGUCUCAUUCCUCCCCCCUCUCUUCCUCUCUUCCCUUCCUACCCCCCUCUCCCUCCCUCACCUUCUCCACCCCUCCUCUCCCUCUCUCUCCUUCCUUCACCCCCUCUCCAUCCAUAAUUCUCCCCUACCCCCCUCUUCGUCCAUUCUUCCCCCCUACCCCCCCUCUCCCUCUACCCCACCAGGAGGCACAUCACUGCAACGGCAGCGACCCUUUCCGCCCCUUCCUCAAAAUAGUGGGCGAGCAUCUGCGUGGCUGCUUCCCAGGCGUGCCUGUCUUCGCCAUUACUGUACCUACCCACCCUCCUCCGCCGCUCGCCCUUCCCUCCUGCACGCCUCUGAGCCUCUCUCUUUGCAUGCCUGCCUCUAGUGUUUCCCCCUCUCCUUGUGGUUUCCCCCUCCUUGUGGUUUCCCUCUCCUUGUGGUUUCCCCGUCUUCUCGUGUGUCUUGCCCCUCGCCAUAUGUUCCUUCCCCCUUCACCUCGGAACAUCCUCCUCUGUGUACAGCCUCGUCCUUCCCCUUCCGCAUCCCAUCGUCUUUUCAUGCCUCCUUUUCUCACUUUGUCCCUUAUUCCUGCCUUCUUUCUUACCACCAUCAUCCCACAUCAAUUUCACAAGGCAUCUCGUCCGCCUUCCUGUCCCCCCCCAAUUGCCAUCCCCAUCACAGCCUGGCCUUGCACCUCGUGCUCACUGCUCUCAAUCCGCACAUGCCGCUUGCUUCUGUGCACUGCCUGCCUUGUGCUUCUUCGCCACUACCCUCUCCUCUCUCUUAACAUUGCCUUGGCCCAUUGCUCUUGCCAAUACACCUUCUGCUUCUACCUCUCCAACGAGGCAGCACAGCAGGAGCUGAGGGCGAGGCUGGGACUGCAGAUGAGCAACACGCAGACCUUCGUCUCCUCCAUCCGCCUGCCCCACAUGCACUACGAGGUGCGAGUGAAGCGCAAGAGUGUGGUGGCAGACAUGGUGGAGUUCAUUCAGAGCACGUACCCCGGACACACAGGCCUCGUGUACUGCUGGCGCCGCGAGGACACCGAGGAGGUCCGUUCUUACUCUACACACUGUUGGGAGAGUGUAAGGAGAGUGUUGGGAAAGUGCUAG